CUCUGUUUCACUCUCCUUCAGUACUUUUCCACAGGUUCUUCCAAAUUCCUCACCUUCCCCCCGCCCCAACUAUUUCUGACUGCUUCACUGGUUACUGCUCCCCACAGCCACUCAGCCUACUCUGCGACGACUCUACUGACUGUUGGCUUCUACGGCGAAUAGGAAAAGAAAGGAAGGGACAAUUUCCUUCGCAAGUUCCCCAAAGUCACCCGUCUAUUCAUAUACGAGAAACAACCCAGCUGAGACUGUUUAAGGGAAAGUGGCGGGCUUGCUUUCUUUUCAUCCUACUUCCAUCGUGCGACAUUCCUGGCCUUCGGAGCUGUGCUUGUAGGGGAGCUCAUUCCUGCCAUGGAACGAGAGAAGGCGAGCCGUGAAAAUCACAUAAUUGUUCAGAUACCCGAACAUGGCAAUGUUACUCAAUCAGUAUCCGCUGCUGCUAAUCCUUCAAAUGGUUUAGAGUCGAACCAUGAAUGUUCACCAACUGCCGAGGCGCCAUCUCAACCUUGCUCAUCGCCUGCUGCCCCAUCAACUGCUGCUGCACAUUCAUCAUCUUCACUCUCGUACUACAAACUUAUAGUCUCUAUCAAGCUAACAUACAAUGCUAUCCUGAUUAUCGCCUCCAGCGUUGUAUUGAUCGUGUCGAGGCAUGAAACUCCAUCGAACCCACUGUUUGCUUGGAUUGUCGGUUAUAUAAUCGGGUGUACAGCUAGUGUUCCAGUGGCUUUCAGGCAUUGCUUCCUUCCCCAUCUUAGGCUCUGUAGAAUGAUUGACCAAUUUAAGCUUGCACUGGAGCUGUUUUAUGCAUCGUGGUUCAUGGUUGGCAAUUACUGGGUCUUCUCUGAAGAUGCAUCUAAUCAAGCUCCUGGAUUAUACAACCACUGUGUCGCACUCAUCGUUUGUAGCUACGUCAAGUAUGUAGGGCCUUUUGUUUUACAGGCAAUGGUAGUAUGCUGCUGCGGGGGUUUCCGGAGUCCGAUUGCAGGAGCCCCUACAGAAACCAUAGAGGCUCUCCCAAUCUACAAAUUUAAAUUGGGGAGUUCUUGUGGAGAACUUGACGGACGAGCUGAAACCCAUGAUGGUGGAGUUGUGGGAGCAGGAACCGAGAGGGAACGAAAUCUUUCAGGGGAUGAUGCUGCUUGUUGCAUUUGCUUGGCGAGUUAUCGAGAUGACGACGAGCUGAAAGAGCUACCUUGUUCUCAUUUGUUCCAUGCGAGCUGUGUGGAUAUAUGGCUCAAGCUAAAGGCGUUUUGUCCACUCUGCAAAUGUAUGGUUGUUAGGGCCAUAGCCGUUCCACCUUCAGCUCCAAGCUCAGUUCAGUGAACAUGCCGAGAGGCAAGAAUACCUGCCCUUAGAGUUGCACAUAUAUGGAUUCUUUGCUAACUUCUAUAGACUCACUCACUGUAAAUUGUUAGUUAGGGGAACCAACUCAUACUGCUGAAGCAAGUUAGAGAUUCUGCAGUAAUCUAGAUUUGUUCCUUGUAGAUAGGGAAGUAGUUCUUCAUAAUGAUAUUGCUUAUCAAGGUAGGAGAAAAUGCACGGGAUUAUUUUGGUAUUAUUUUGAUAGAUCAAAUGCAACAAAGCUACGAUAGAUCAGAAGGACAAUGCUUCAUCUGCUUCAUUCUAAUACCAAGUCCUUGAUGCUACUAACUCAUGAAAGAGCCGUAGUUGACUGCUGUUUCAGCUUUAGAAGAGCAUCGAAGCUGCAAGAGCCAUCAACAUCCACCCUCCAAUCAUCACCUUCAUCUUUUGGCCGUCAUUACUGCUGGUAGCAGGAGAAGCCUUCGAGUCUUUCGAGCUGGAAUCAGUGGAAGUAGAAGAAGGCGACGUAGUUGUAGAACUCACUGGGGAAUCUUUUGGGGAGCUUGAACUGCCAGUGGAAGAAGAAUCUGAAUCUCCUGCUUGUUUGAAGAUCUUCGCAUCUGGCGAGUCGGGAGAGAUGUUCAAGAGAGCUGCAAAAAAGAAAGACCAUGCAUGGUGAGCACAACUUCUUAGCUAGGCAUGCCAUGAAAAGAACCAUUAAACAUGGGAAAUCGGGCAUACUCGGGCAGUUGGAGACUUUGGCAUCAAUGUUGCACGCAGAGGGCAUUUCAAGGGCGAGAGUGGUGUUGAUAGGAAGACCCAUGGAAGGGUCAGUGCUCUCUUUGAUGAGAACGCACAGGCAUUUCGGUUCGGUUUCCUUCAGCUUCUUGGCGUCCUGGCAGCACUCGGGCGUCGGCUUCUUGGCAGUGCCGCUCACAUAUGGAAUGCAAGCUGCGAGAUCCGUGAGGUGCUGUGCACACUCGGUCUCGGCGUCCUGCAAUGUCGCUGCUGUUGCUGCCGUGAUGGCCAAUGAGGCCACGAUGAGGCAUACCAAGGUCAUGUUUCUGUCUUGUGCCAUCCUCUUCUCUCCCACUUUUUCUUUCACUGUGUGUUUAGAAGUGCUGUUAAGUGGGUUUGCUAAGGAAGCUAUUCAGUCACACUCUCUAUGUUGAGAUGGUCGAGACUCAGCAUGGCUAUAUAUAUACACACAAAUGUACAGGGGUCCCCUUUUGAAAAUGUGGUCAUAUUUGCAGUGCAUUUACUUGCUUCCUAAUGUGAAAAUCACAAAAAAUAUGAAAGGCAGUGCUAUGGAAGAGUAAUGAAUGAGAAAGAGGUGUUGUUGUCAAGCUAUUUAACAUUA